AUGGCACCUCAUCGCCCCAUCACAGCAAGAAGACUAAACAGAAAACCCCUCGGAGACUGCACCAACACCACCAUCUCCCUCAAAUUCGCGAAUCCAAACCUCACUUCUUCUCUCAAGAGGUUAAUAAAUCAAACCUCCUCUCUCAAGGACAAGACACAAAACGACGCCGCCGUAACCACCGCUCCUCCUCCCAAGUCUCUCUCCACGAACCUGAGGCCCGUGACUCGCCGUGUCUCCGCCGAUCUGAGUUUUCCGUCGCCUACGCCUUCGAAACGCAAAGAUGUCGAUGAAUCGGAAGGUGUUUCCACGCGCGGAAGGCUUGUGACUCGCCGUGUGUGUACUAGCGAUUUGGAUUUUCCGGCGUCGCGUUGCUCCGGGGAGGUUAUGAUUUUAGGCGGAGUUGGUGGUGGUGGUGACAAGGAGGUUGCUGAGCGUUACUCGGUUUACACUGUUACAAGGAAGGCUGCUUCUGGUAGAAAAAAGAGUAACAAAGUAGCUUCUUCCUCUAGUGCAGUGGCUAGCCUUCGUCUUGACUUGAUACCUAACCCUGGGAAGAAAAGACGUCAAGCAAAUGAAAACACAGUCAAGACGUCGAAAGUGGCUCCCAUAAAGAGGCAGCGAACGACAAAGCAUGAGGAAGAUAAUGUGGCUAAUGGACUUUCUCAGGAGUAUAUCGAGAAGCAGAGAGCUUACUUUGCAGAGAUCGAUGCAUUUGAGCUUGCAGAAGAAGAGGUAUCUGAUAGCGACUUAGACUAAGUGAUAACUAUCUUAAGGAUAUCAUCAAUAACACACCUUAAUCCGUUCGUUCAUUCGUAUCACUGUAUAGCUAAGGCUUAUUCUCACACG